AUGGACACCACAGCGGAUACCACGACAACAACCACGGCAAGCUUUGCUUCCAUUGGUGCAGCCGACCUCGCCAGCGCACUCCGCGCCAACUCCCAAGUCCUUGUCAUUGACGUGCGCACGCUGCGCUCGUUCAACGAUGCUCGCGUCAAGGGUGCCCUCUCCGUGCGCCUGUCCAAGCUGUUGAUGCGCCGCCUCAACUCGGGCCGCAUCUCCAUUGAUGAUGUCAUUGUGGACCGCGACCAGCUGUGGGCCUCCCGCCCCUCGGGCUCGUGCCUCAUUGUCUGCUACGAUGACCACUCGCGCACCGACCAGAAGCCGCUCAGCUCAACAGACCCGCUCAACGUUGUCAUGCGCUCCCUUCUCGGCUCCAAGAUGAACGCCGUCUUCCUUGAAGGUGGCUUGGCGGAGUUUGAGUCUUCGUACCCUGACCUGGUUGAGCAAAGCGUGGGAGGACCGUGCAGCUUGUUGCCCAGCUUGGGCACGUUGUGCGUGAAGAAGAAGCCCCAGCUCCCUGCGCUGGUGAACGGCCACAGCGACAGUCACCCCCUGCAAACCCCAUGCUCCCGCGCCUCGUUUGACGUGUCUGCGCUCGCCCAACCACAGCACCAACAGCACCAACACCAACAGCAGGCGUAUCGCCGCGCCAGCGUCGCCACGUGCGGCAGCUCAAGGGCCGCUCAGCAAGCAACGACGGCAGUGGCGUCGUCGUCGUCGUCCACGUGCUCGUCGACGUCGUCGUCGCUCUCUGCGUCGUCCAACUCGUGUGGGCUGCGCACGUGCUUCACCAUGACGGAGACAUAUCACCAGGCCGCGCACCGCCGCCCUCAGGUGAGCGCCGCGCUCAACCUCAGCUGCCCUGCGCCAACCACCCCGUACAACAGCGUCAUGGAGGCGCCCAUCUCCCGCGUGCGCGACUACCUCUUCAUUGGCGCGCAAAGGGACGCGUGCAACCUGGCGUUGCUGCAGACUCACGGCAUCACCCGCAUCAUCAACGUCACCCGUGACUGCGACAACGCCUUUGAGAAGAACCCGCAGUUUCGCUACCUGCAGAUUCGCAUCUCGGACACGUGGAACCAAAAGCUGCAGGAGAAGUUUCCCAGCGCCUUUUCGUUUAUUGACGAGGCGCGGCGGGCUGGCGAGCGCGUGCUUGUGCACUGCAAGGCAGGCGUCUCCCGCUCUGCAGCAAUUGUGAUUGGCUACCUCAUGUACAGUGAGAAGAUGACACUCGAUGAGGCCCACGUCGAAGUCAGGAGCAAGCGGGACAUUAUCAGCCCCAACCUUGACUUUAUGGGCGAACUCAAGGAGUACGAAGACAUGCUUCGCUCCGUUUGCUGUUCGUCUUAA